CCCCGGUGGGCCGGGAAAAUGGGGUCCCAGCUGGGCAAGGGGCAGCACGAGCUGUCCGAGCCCGUCGCAUCCUGCCUGCCCGGCCCCUCGGUGCAGGAAACGCUUUGAUGGCUUUUCUUGGCGGCAGCGGUCGUGAGCUGUGUGACAGCCCCGGGUGUCAGCCCAUUGUGCCGCUUUUCCGCUGCCGCACGGGAGAAAAAGAAAUGUGACGUGGUGCUUCCUUGGCAGCUUUUUGAUUUCGAAAGGCUUCUCGUAAGCUCCGGUUGCUGAAACAACCGCGAGUGUUUCAGGUAUUGAACCUCUUCUGCAAGAGCUGCUGGAUCCCCUGAUAACUUGUUUGCCUUUCUGCAGGCCCUAUUUAAAUGACCGGAUUAAUCACCUGGAUCCACUCCUAAAACCAGUUUCUAAACCAGAACGUGCUGACAGGAACAAGAGGGAUGCUCUCCCGGACGUGGCGAAGGACGCUCAGAGGGAUGGCAAGCUUGCCUCCAAACCCAUGUGGCUGGGUGGCCGCGCUGCCCCACAGAAAUCUUCAAGUGCAUCCCGGGGAGUAGCCCUGGUACAUCCAGAGCAGCCGGGGAAGAGCACAAAGCUGUCCCUGGGGCUCGUCCCGGGUGUGAACCCUUCUACACAGCCCAGAUGGAGGCUCCCAGCUUCUGCCUCUGGUUCCCUAAACCCAGGAGGGACUGAGGAGACUGCACGUGGCCGCCCCGUUCCCAGGGCACCUUCGUUGCUGAGCAAGGGCCUGCAGGAACAUCUGGACUGCAACAAAGAGAACUUCUCAGCACAAGCUCCUACAAACCUUGUGCAGAGCAGAGCUUUUCAGUCUGAUGGAAGCAGUCUCGGGAACAAGAGAGCCUUGGCUCUCAGGCAAACCUCAAGCACCAUGUCAAGCACCAUCCAGGGCCCAAAGGACAGAAUUAAUAGCUGCCAGGCCAAGGAAACACUGAUUCAGGACAAAUUCAGGAAGUCCCUGCCAGGCUCAAAGAGUGCAUCCCAAAAACCAAGUGCCAAAACCCAACCGUUGCAACCCCCUCGGUCGCUUGCUGUUUCUACUAAUUUGCUACACAAAAAACCAGCAGUAAAACAUGAAAAAAUGAGUACAGCAGGGCAACCCGUAGGAAAGCCACUUGGCACGCGUCCGGGGGGAAGUCUUCAGCACUGCAGUAGAGCUCCCCAAGCAAAAAGAUCUCCCCCGAAGCCUCCAGCCUCCAGCAGGCCACUGGGGUCCACGAGGAGCUCCAGCACGCAGCUGGGCACCGCGGUGCUGGGACGAAGGCCCGCGGUUAAAGGGGGGGCAGAGAGGAAGGACGUGAAGGCACCGCCCGGACACACGGCAGGGUCCCGAGCCAGAGCCGCCGUGGGCCGGGCUCACAGCCCCAGAGCUCGAGGGGCUGAGAGCAGGAGAGAGAGGCUGAACCCGGAGCUGCCGCAGGCACACGGGGUGCACGCGGGGCGCGUCCCCAAGACCCAGACGGCUGAGGAUCGGAGGAGACAACUGGAGCAGUGGCUGGCAUCCAAAGGCAAGUCCUACAAACGGCCACCUAUGACGCUGCCCCAAAAAAAGCCAGUGAGAGAGAAGCUGCCCGUCUGGAGCGCUGUCAAGGAGGAAGAGAAAGCAGAGCAGCCUGAGGAGCUCUACUUGGACAAAAUCAACAACCUGCUAACUGAGUGCCUGAAGCUCAUCGAGGAGGGUGUCCAGUCGGAGGAGCUCUCUGCAAUUCUGUCCCGUGAGCCCCGAGCGGAAAAAUGCGCCAAGUUCUGGAUCUGCAAAGUGAAACUGCUCGCCCGGAGCAACCCCUUGGACGUGAUGGAGCUGUACGAAGCCGCGGUCUGCGCCGGUGCUGCCCCGCUCCAGGAGCUCAGAGAAGUUGUCCUUGGUAUUCUGAAGACUGCAGGCCAACCACCAGGAGGGGAGAAGGCUGAGCAGCCCGCGCCCUGGGAGCCCCCAGCGCCUUGCCUGGCAGAGAGGGAGCACACGGCAUCGACUCCCAGCCUGGCGGGGAGCUCCCUGACCAGCCUGCCCGUCUCCUCCAUCAAACUGCAGGUUACAUCCGUACCCAGGGGAAGGGAGCUUCCAGAAGGCCAGGAGCUGAAAUUCCUGACGCCAGUGCGGCGCUCGCUGCGGAUAGAGAGGGCUGUGAGCUGCUACCCGGUGAUGCUGAAGGACCACGACCCUGUCGUGUCAUCCCUCAAUGAAAUCCUGGAUGACGAAGAGGAGACGCAGUACUUUUUCCGGAAAAACAAGGCUUUGCCGGAGGUGGCAGAGGUGGAGGUUUUGAAGUUGUAGCCCCGAGGUGCUCCCCGAGGGGCGCAGGCUGCUGGCUCCCCCCAGCUUCCUGCUGUUGUGCACUUACUUCGCUUGUUUUCUCUCAGAUGUAAAUACGUAGGGGCGGCAUAAAUUAGCCUUUUCAACUGUUUUAAAUAUUAAAAGACUUGCAGCAGAGAUGCAGCGUGGCCUAGUGAGUAGUGCGUGAGGUCCGGGAUGGGAGGCUUGGGCUCUGUGCCCUCGGGGCUGCCCUUGGCUCUGCUCCGAUGCACGCCCUGGGUUCUGUGCUGCAGGACGUGGUUCGGUCUCUGCGAUGCUCCAGCACCUCCUGGUGCUUCAGGAAGUGGUGUCCCCAGGGCUUUGCUCCAGUGCCCCACCUGGCCGACAUCUCCCCGCCAGGAGGCACGCACAGACCCUGUCCUGGACAGCAGGAGCC